UUGAAUAAGCUCCUUCACAAGCGGGACAUCUACGGUAGCAUCAAGGUCGAGAAAGGUCUCCUGGAGGUUGAUGAGCAGUGGAAGAACGGCAGCCUCGUCCGCUGGAGCUACUGGAUGCUCUCCUACGACAUGGCUUGUGCCAACGACCUAGAGCACCUUCGCGAGGUCAUCAAGCGCACAACGCAAUGGGGCUCGGUCCUCGUGCAGCACAUCUCUCGCUGGUUCGAGGAUCUCAUCAUCUACUCCAGCGAGUUCGACCUCAUCCGCCUCGCUGACACAUACAUCACAAUGAAGUUCCCCCUCCCGCAGAAGAAGAACCCCGACAGCUACGAGUUACGCGGCAAGAGCGGCCAUGUUUUCGGCCAGAGAGCUGGAUUCAUGAUGGCCCAGAAGGGUCUCCCCAGCACCUACAACAAGGACCCCCAGAACAUCCAGAUUGCCGAGGGCGUCCUUGCCACCAUCGACACCCAACCCGAGAAGAUGAAAGUGGCUCUCGACCCCUUCAUGCUGGCCACCGACUUGGUCGACAACCUCGUCCGCAAGGGCGUUCCCUUCCGCGAGCCGCACCACAUCUCCGGUCGCUGUCUCGCCCUGUUCGAGAAGAUAGACAUCCCGAUGAACGAGCUCUCGUACGAGCAGAUGGAGAGUGUAGGCGUGCGAUUCGAGUGCUUUCCCAUCAUGGCCGCCGGUCUCGAUAGCCAGCGGUUAGGAGCCGUCUUCCAGUCGCGGCCAGACAUCCUGAAAGGGAUCCAGAAGGCUGCAGACACCCCCGAUCGAGUAGCGCUCUUUAACGACAUCGCCAGCUUCGUGUACGAGCAGAUCAACGGACCAGAGCCCGCAUCGAAGCGGAGACGAGUAGACGAAGGCCCCUCGAACGGCUUCAAGGCGACGAACACAAAUGGCACAUCCAAAUCGAGCGCUCCCAAAAGCGCCGGAACUGUCAAUGCGGCGGACGAAGAGGUUCUCCUAGAGAUCAAGGAGAUCUCCGUCUCGGUACCUCAGCGCAAGAAGUACGAACUCUGCUUCACGGAAAACCACCUCUACGCGCGCCUACCGGGCACCACUGCGCCCGUCGAAGGCAUCAUCUAUCCUUGGGAAGACAUCGAGUACGCCUUCUACCUCCCCGUUCCGGAGAAGACCCAGGUCCAGCACAACUACGUGCUUUUCCCGAGAGGAACCUGCCUCCCGACGAAAACCGCCCCCGAGAAGGAGGCUCUGGUGUUCACAGUGCCAUCGACGCCACCAAAGCAGGGCACAAUCGGCGGGCCGAAAGCCAACGCCGCGGCCGCCGUCUCAGAUACCUACCGCACCCUCUUCGACUGGGCGCUCACGACGCACCUGAGCUCCGCAGGCAACGCGGUCGAGAUCGUCGCCGCCGACCCAUCCAAGUUCCACAGUCUCGUCCGCCAACCGCACCGGCCCAACGAGAAGGCCGUGCACGUCAAGGCCUUCCGCGGGUCCAAGGAUGGGUACCUCUUCUUCCUGCCGAACGGCAUCCUCUAUGGCUUCAAGAAGCCCCUCGUAUUCCUCCCCGCCGACCGCAUUGUGGCUGUGAGCUACACCAAUGUCCUGCAGCGCACGUUCAACAUGGUCGUUGAGGUAUUCGCCGAGGGCGACGAGACGGAGGAAAUUGAGUUCGGGAUGCUUGACCAGGAGGACUUCGCCGGCAUCGACGAGUCCUAUGUCAAACGUCAUGGUCUGCAGGAUCGCAGCAUGGCGGAGCAAAGGAAGGCCAAGAUGGAGUUGACGGAGAACUUAAAGGUGAAGAAGGGAGAGGAGGCGUCUGCGAAUGGGGACGCUGCGGGUACCGGGCUCUCUGAGUUGGCGAAGGCGCACCUUGAGGCGGAGCAGAAUCUUCAAGAUGAUGAGGAUGAAGACGAGGAAGAUUACGACCCUGGCAGUGAGGGAGAGAGCGAGGGAUCAGGUUCCGACAGCGACGACUCCGAUGACUCUGAGGACGCCGAGGGAGAUGGAGACGAGGACAUGGACGAUGACGAAGAUGACGAGUAG